AUGGUCAACAUUACGGGCUUGCUAUCUAGCCUCAUUACGGCCAACCAUAUUCUAUCCUACCACAAUGUGCUCGAUUCCUUUGGCCAUGUUAGCGUGCGCAACCCCGAGACCAACACGACGUUUUUCAUCGCCCUCCAACUAGGCCCAGCCAUUAUAUCCGGCCGGGCCGACAUUGGCGAAUACCACAUUUCCGACGGGUCUCCCCUCCCCGGCACCAAAGGCGGCUACAGCGAACGCUUCAUCCAUAGCGAAAUCCUCAAGCGAUAUCCCGAUAUUAACGCCGUUGUGCACAGCCACGCGGAAGAUGUGCUGCCGUUUACCAUCCUGCCCGAUGUCGCCGUAGAACCUACCUACCACAUGGCGGGAUUCUUGGGCAGUGCGGUACCGAUUUUCGAUAUUGAAAGCGCAUAUCAAGAUGGCGAUGCGAGGGAUCUACUCGUGGAUACAGUGAGGCUGGGAAGCAAGUUAGCCGAGAGGUUUGGGAGAAAUGAGAGUCGGUGGCAGAGCCCGAAACACAGCACCGUGUUGCAGCGGGGACAUGGGUUUGUCACGGUGGCGACGAGCGUGCAGCAGGUAACCGAUUGGGCGUAUUAUGUGGCGAGUAAUGCGCGCGUGCAGUGGAAGGCUGUUGUGCUGGCGGGGGCACAGCAGCAAUCUCAUGGGUGUGGGCAUGGCGUGCAGUAUCUGAGUCAAAGGGAGAGACUGGAUACGGCUGAGAUGAAUCGCUGGAUUGUGUUCAAACCUUGGAGGCAGUGGGUUAUCGAGGUGGAGAGAAGUGGGCGGUAUAUUAAUGAGUUGGGAACACCGCCUUUGGGAGAUGGGCAAUGA